GCGGGAGAACGAAAUGGAAAAUUUGGAUUUGAAACCCUAAAAAGGCGAGAGCCGCCGUCUUCCACUCUUCUCUUCGUCUCAUCUCUGCUUGCGCCUCUGCGGAACUGAAUUUCUUUGUUAUUUAGGCCUAAAUUUUUGGUUUGCGCUCAUGUAUGGGAGGCGAGCAUCUCAGCUUUUGGGAGAACUAGCCUCCGCCGAAAAGGGACAACUCACUGUUUUCAAUAGUGAUACAUUUGAUCAAGUUAUCAAAGAAUGCAAUGAGCACAACCUUCAGCUUCAGACCUUGAUUAGGAAAAUUGAGGACCAGAAUUUGGACAUACAGACCACCAGGAAUGAAGAUCACUUUGGUGCAGUUAUCCAUCAUCUUUCUUUAGCUCGCAACAAGCGCUGUCUCAUGGCCUACAUGUAUAACCGAGCAGAAAUCAUCCAAAGCUUGAGAUGGAAAAUUGGUCCAAUUCUUCCACAAGAAAUUCAGGAAAAGCUCAGUUACUCAGAAGAAGAAUAUUUCAAAAAUCAUUCUGCUGCAAUAGACUCCUACAUGUCAGAGCUAGAUUUGGAUCUAACUGUGGAUAUGGUUCCUCCAAAGGAUCCUUACAUUCAAGUCAGGGUUCUUGAUGACAUUGGUGAAGUGUGCCUUGGUGAUAUGGAGAUAUCUCUCACUCGACACUCUGUGCAUUUUCUCAGGCGGACAGAUGCUGAGCAAUUCAUUUCCCAGGGUCUGAUGGAGGAGUUCCUUGGAUGAAUCAGAAUUUGAUCCUGAACCCAAUGGUCAAUAGUUUGUGGGUUUGCAUAAAUAGUAAACAGGUUUCUUAGUUUCUGAUGAUUUCAUGUUAACAAUUUCAAUUUAAGCUUUGAAUUACAGGUUUCUUAGAUUGUCAAAGUGUUCGGGUAAGAAACCCUGAGUCAAGAAGCUGGUAUAUGUAAAUCAGCUGUAUUCCUCUUUAGUUCAAAUGGAUAGGUCUUGGUUUCAUAUUUGUGGAUUUGAUACUGUUGUUUAGCUCCUGCCAAUGUGUUUUUUUGCUUGGCUGGAUAUGAAAUGAAUGUAAAUAUGAUCUCAUUGAGAUUCCUCCAUUUUAUUA